AUGCUUCAAGCAAGUCCAGUAACCCCAGCCGAGGGGGAAACCUUAGCCCACAUGAAGAGGUUUAUUAGAGGUUUAGAUGAGGGAAAGCUUGCUACAUUCUUAAGAUUUACUACUGCGUCUGAUAUGCUUCUCACUGAUACUUUGAAAAUAGUUUUUACCAGUUACGAGGGCCUUCAGAGAAGACCAGUUGCUCAUACAUGUGGCUUUACCCUUGAAGUACCAAGCACAUAUUCAAACUUUUGUGAGUUAAGAGAGGAGUUUAUGGGAAUUUUGAGUGCAGAUGGGUGGGAAAUGAAUAUAGUUUAA